AUGCAUCGUUCCUUAUCUCAAGCGUAUUGUACGGAGCAAUUGUUAGUUGGUAACAACGCAGCAUGCGAUAAGUUUAAAAACAGAAGAUACUCUUGCGAAAACCCAAAACAAGACAGUUCUGGCAUUCCUUUAUUACCCCUGUUCUGUACUGAAAAACAGAAGUACUAUGCACCAGUUGGAGCUGCUGCAUCGAUUAUGUUCACUGAUUACUUUAGUUUAACACUGAACAACACACCAAUUGCCUGGACAGAAGACGGAGUGAUCGAUGACAAACUUCGAGAGGCAUAUUUUCAACCAAGAGAGAAGAACUUGUGUGAUGCAGUCGAAUUUCGAAAUACAGUGAAACCAAUUGGAUGGAAACAUCAUGUUUGUGAGAUGGGCGGGUACCGUAAUAUCUCUCUGAUAAAGUGGCUUGAGUCAACGACUAACAAGAACUUCAAAAAGUUAUAUAGGAUUUUAGACACGAAGAAGCACAAUGGUCUAAAACAAGGAGUAUACAGGUUGCAAGUGGAUAACGUUUAUAACCCUAGUGUAAUUAACUGCACCAAACACAAAAUGACGAAAUACUUUUGGAUUUUACACCCAUCUUGGUUGGGAACCGAACAGACGUUCUUGGAAAAGACGUAUCUGCUUGUUGGAUUAGGCUUGUUAGCACUCUCAUGUUGUCUCGUUGGAUUUCAAAUCUUCCUAAUGGAUCGAAGAAUAACUUUCGAUAGUGAUGACAUGUUCUGA